CUGGCUGCCACGGCAUUGGAAGGAUCCUCGGAGACCAUCAUCCCACGCAAUGGAAAAACCUGGGACAACCUACAAAUUGAAGAAGAAUACAAAAAUUCCUCAAGAAAUAAAAAGGUAGCAAAAGUCUAUCAAAAUAAAGCUUGGAAUCAAGAUGGAGAAAUAUUCCUUUGGGCUUCAGAUGACAAUAUGGCAGUGCAACAGGCUGCUCCGAAGCCAGCUGAAAGCCUUGCAAGUAGAAAGCCCCUGAUUUGGUAUUCAUCCUUAAACAUGUCCAUUUUACCUUACAAUGGACUGAAGCCACGUGAGUAUGUGGGAUUUGAUGAGAAACUGUAUAAUUGUAAUGAACAUGGAAAAACUUGUAGUGAUUUCCAGUCCUUUCAGAAGCAUGCAAGUGGAAAGCCUGGAGAGAAACCCUAUCAACAUAAGCAAUGCAGGAAAGCUUACUGUGAAUUUAAGACUAGAACUCACCCUGGAGUAGAGAACUUUGUAUCCAAGAAAAGAGCCAAAGGCUCCAGCACUCCCAGAAAUAUUAAAAACCAUAAAAGUAUUCAUACUAGGAAGAAACCUUAUAUAUGUAAGCAAUGUGGAAAAGUAUUUGAUGAUAAGUCUGUAUUUCAUAGGCAUAAACAAACUCACACAGGUAAGAAAGCCCAUAUAUGUAAGCAUUGUGGGAAAGCUUUCACUAAACUGAGUAAUCAUAAAAAACAUGAAAGAAGUCACACUGGAGAGAAACCCUAUUCAUGUAAGCAAUGUGGGAAAGCAUUCACUACACUGAGUUAUUGUAAAAUACAUGAAAGAAAUCACACUGGUGAGAAACCGUAUAUAUGUGAGAAAUGUGGAAAAGCAUUUACUACACUGAGUUACUGGAAAAUUCAUGAAAGAAUUCACACUGGGGAGAAACCCUAUGUAUGUAAGCAGUGUGGAAAAGGAUUUGCUGAUAAGUCUGCAUUUUAUAGACAUAAACGAAUCCACACAGGUGAGAAGCCCUAUAUAUGUAAACAAUGUGGGAAAGCAUUCACUACACUGAGUUAUUGUAAAGUACAUGAAAGAAGUCACACUGGUGAGAAACUGCAUAUAUGUGAGAAAUGUGGGAAAGCAUUCACUACACUGAGUUAUUAUAAAAUACAUGAAAGAAUUCACACUGGUGAGAAACCCUACGCAUGUAAGCAGUGUGGGAAAGCAUUCACUAAAUUGAGUCAUCAUAAAAAUCAUGAAAGAAGUCACAAUGGUGAGAAACCAUAUGUGUGUGAGAAAUGUGGAAAAGGAUUUGCUGAUAAAUCUGCAUUUUGCAGACAUGAACAAACUCACACUAGUGAGAAAGCCUAUAUAUGUAAGCAGUGUGGAAAAGCAUUCACUACAAUGAAUAAUUGUAGAAAUCAUGAAAGACGUCACAAUGGGGAAAAACCCUAUACAUGCACACAAUGUGGGAAAGCAUUCACUACUCUGAGUUAUUGUAAAAUACAUGAAAGAAAUCACACUGGCGAGAAAAAAUAUGUAUGUGAGAAAUGUGGGAAAGCAUUUACUACACUGAGUUACUAUAAAAUACAUGAAAGAAUUCACACUGGUGAGAAACCCUAUGCGUGUAAGCAAUGUGGGAAAGCAUUCGCUGCACUCAGUAAUUGUAAAACACAUGAAAGAAAUCACACUGGUGAGAAACCAUAUGUAUGUGAGAAAUGUGGAAAAGCAUUCACUACCCUGAGUUAUUAUAAAAUACAUCAAAGGUAUCACACUGGUGAGAAACCCUAUGUAUGUAAGCAAUGUGGGAAAACAUUUACUACACUGAGUUAUUAUAAAAUACAUGAAAAAAAUCACACUGAUGAGAAACUGUAUGUGAGAAAUGUGGAAAAAUAUUCACUACACUGA